AUGGGCGGACGGUUGCAGGCUCGGUCGAGCAAACGUGCACCCGCCAUGACUGCAGAUCCGGAACAGCAGACCUCUGAGGGUGGGGUCCGUCGGCGAGCGGCAAUAGGAACAACAGAGGCAGCGGCAGCAGGAACGGGAGACUCUGACCCGAACGGAGAGGAUGGUCAAUUGAACGAGAAGCUACAGCACUCGGCCAUCCAAAUCGACGACCACGACAAACCUUCGGGAGUGACUUCGCACCCCAAGGACAGCGUAUUGGAGGACACCAAUGGAGUAGAACUCAAUGAGCACCACCGUACCUGGACAGAACGCAUGCACGGUCAACGACCCGAUCGACACUUGUUCCCCUAUCGUUCUGUCAAAGAGAACUUACGGGCAGCAAGAACCUUCCUCCGUCGGUUCUUCUUCCUCCUCUUAAUUAUCCCUGCCUGGGUGCUCCCCAAUAUCAUGAUGAACAAGGCCGAACACGAGCUCGAGACCUCUCACGGUGCUGCUCCUACUAAUGGAACAACAUCAGGAGCGCAUGGAAGCAACUUUACAACCACACCUUUUGUGUCCUUUUCGGGGGGCGCAGAGGGGGCACAUGGACCGGAACUGAGCAAGGGGGUCAACAUCGCAACGUUUAUUCUCAACAUGUUUGUAAUGAUGCAUCUUGGCAAGGCUGCGGGUGUGGCCCUGGAAGAAUUGGUUCCCAAGUUUGGCAUGAGUAUUGUCAGUGUCCUUGACGCCAUGACUAGCAGCACAGUCGAGCUGGCUGUUGCAGCCUUUGCCCUCCGAAAUGGACUCGUCCAAGUUGUCCAAGCUGCCAUGCUCGGCGCCAUCCUCAAUAACUUGCUCCUGAUGCUAGGGAUCGCUAUUUUCGUCGGAGGUAUCUACAACCACCAACAAGAGUUGAAGAAGGAAACAACACAAGCAAGUAUCAAUAUUCUACUCCUCACAUCCAUCGCCUACGUGGUACCAGUGGCACUCGAUAAGGCUCUAAUGAAUGCCCGGACAAGUAGCCUACCUCUCAAAACCGACCCGACCUACCUGGCCCGCUAUAUCGAGGUCAAAGAAUCCGUGGAUGUCGAUAUCUUGAGCCUCUCCAAGAUCAUGGCCAUUCUUCUGUUACUCAUCUAUGUUGCCUGUCUCCUCUACCAGUACCACAGCCGAACUUUUAUGGUCACUCCAGAAGCUAAACAUGAAGGUCCAAAUACGGUCGAACAUCGGUACACGCAUUUUUGGUUUGCGGGAGUGGCCUAUGUCUGUCUGCUUGCAGCGCAGAUCUAUUCUGCAAACUUGUUGGUUCAUGCAGUCGAGGGACUCGGGCGACAGUACCAUUUGAACGAUUCGUUUGUCGGGUUUGUGCUGUUGCCGAUUGUGCUGGUCGCCGACUUGCAGGAGGAGGUGAUUGCGAUCCGGGAGUCGUGGUCGAAUCGGUUGGAUAAGGCGGUGUCGUUGAUGGUGGGGUCCUGUAUGCAGAUUUCGUUACUGGUGACACCAAUCUUGGUCCUUUUGGGAUGGAUUAUCGAUCAGCCGAUGACGCUCCGGUUCAGUAUUAUGGAGGUUGUGAUCUUGGCCGGGUCGGUGGUGUUGGUGAACUAUUUGAUUGCGGACCAUGAGACGAAUUGGAUUGAAGGUAUCAUGUUGAUUGCCCUAUUCUUGAUGUGCGCCUUUGCCUUCUACUACAUUCCGCCUGUGACGAUUGGAAAGGGCGUGGAUACCCUAGCGGAGAUGACCGCAGGCGACAGCAGUGGAGGGCAUUAG